ACAGCUCCGGCUCAGAGGCAGGAUUUAGUAGUCCUGUCAUGACUGAGUGUUCUCUCCACUUUUACUCCUGAAAGCAGACAUGUAGCUGUGUGUGUGGGAGAGAGUGUGUGUGAGAGAUAGAGUGUGUGUGUGAGAGAGAGAGUGUGUGUGAUCUCUGAAUGAUCUCUGCUUCAUUUGAGAUGAAUCCUACACUUAAAGAUUUUAACGUUUACUUCCUAAAGAUUCAUGGCCACCAGUAAAUGAUGGUCAUUGACUAAGAUGAUUAACGUGAAGGAGAUGACCCUCACUGCAUGAUUAACUUAAAACAGACGUUGGUUUCAGUAUAUGGAUAAGAUGUGUAGGUGUGUGUUUGUGUGCCUGUGGUUGGCUGUGGUACUGCUCCCUACACUACAAGAUCGAGUGACCGCCCCGGCUAACCUGCAGUCAACACUGGGCCGCCCUGUUACGCUAGGCUGUAAUGUGACUCUAGAAGGCGGUGAACUCCUCAAACAGGUUCGCUGGCUGGAUUUGCACAACGUAAGUGUCCUUUCUUACCAGCCUGAGAAACGUGAGAGCCUCAUCAAGAGAGAUGGUGUGGAGCUCCUCGACCAGGAAAUGCACACAAGUGCUAUUGCCAUUGAGAGGACCAAGCCAGGGGAUGAAGGGUGCUACACGUGUGUGUUUGACGUGUACCCAUCGGGACAACAGCGGGGGAAGACUUGCCUCCUUUUAAAUGCAAAAGCAGAGUCGGUAGGCAACAAGACAGUAGUGAACGGGAGGCACGUGACACUUUCGUGCACUUACGCACUCACCAGAAAGGUCCAUCAGAUCCUGUGGAGAAAAACGACGGAGCAGGGCGACACUGCCAUUGUGGCCUCGUACACCAAGAACGACAAACUGAUCGUGGAGCUGCCGUUCCAGGAGCGGGUGAAGCUGAGCCAGACGUUGGGACACAGCCAGUUAACCAUAGAACCUGUCCAGAUGGAGGAUGAGGGGUGUUACACCUGCGAUUUCCACACCUACCCUGAGGGCUUGAGGAGCGUCACGGCAUGUCUGGCUGUCUAUGUCCUGCCCAAACCUGAGGUGAGCUACACCACCACGGAGAAAGGAAUAAUCCAGGCCAACUGCUCAGCCGUGUCUCGUCCUCCUACAGAACUUGUCUGGAAUGUGGAGGGCCAUAACCUCACGCUGGCGCCCUCCGAGAUCUCGUUUUACCCGCAGGGAGACGGCACCACACUGGUGGUCACCACCAUACAGUUUCAGUCCAGACUGCUGGACGAGGAGCAAGUGACAUGUACGGCGCUCCAUCAGGGCCUGGAGUCGAGUGUUUCUGUAGCCCUGAACAAGAUUGGAUUGAAGAAGAUCAUCAUCAUCUCGGUCGGACUCGCCGUGCUUGUGCUGCUCAUAUGCCUGUGUUUGUGCAUGAAGAGGCGCUAACAGCUCCGAGUACUCCGAGAGGCAUUUAGACCGAGAUGAAACCUGCUGCUAUGACUGGAGAAACCUAGAGUCUAUAUAUAGUGUGUUUUAUGAAUGUACUAAUGAGCGUGUGAUUUUUUCUACGGCAUUUAAAUGGUAAUUUUAAACUAAAAUGCUAUCACUGGAAAUGAAAUCUGUUUUGUUGUAAUGUAUUUUAUUUUUUUUUACUAGAUUUCAUUAUGAAUUUUAUUAUACUAAACAUUAAUUAACAUUUUUAAUGGUGGUUUUAUUUUUAUUUUUUAUUUUUUUUAAAUGACAAGAAAUCUAUUUUAUGAAUGAUUUUUUCUCUAUUAUUAUUAUUAUUAUUAUUAUUAUUAUUAUUAUUAUUAUUAUUAUUAUUAUUAUUAUUAUUAAAUGUUGUAAAUAGUCUAUGAGAAGCAUUAUGCUCCCUGCUCAUAUGUCUCCACUAGAGGGAAGUGUACUCGUGUCUGUUUUUCUACGCUUUCAUACAUGAACACAAGAGGGUUUGAUCGUAUAUAUAUAUAUUUUUUUGCAUACAAAUUUAUAUUUUUUGCAUCUAAAUAAUGUUAAUAUUGCUCAAAUAACCCUACCGUGUCCCUAUUGUGACUCUGAUACUGUACGUUUCUGGUUAAAACUGUUACUUAUAUUUUUUCAGCUUGGCAUUUUAAAGAUUACUUGGCUAAAGCUGAAAGUGAAAAAUGAACUAAAAGAAAAAAGAAGGUCUGUGUGAACUUGUCUAUGAAACAAACAGAAAAGACAAACCGAAAGCAGUUGUUUGAGUUCUAGUUAAAGGCCAUGAAUAGUUACAGAACCGUGAGCAUUUUAAAGAACUCUUCAUUAUAUUCUCUAUCUCUGUUAUUAUUACUACGGUUCAUGGUCUUGGGGAAAGCUCUAAAACGUUGCACAGAUGUGGAUAAAAUGUUACAGUGUGGCCGUGGAAACCCUCAUCAGUGCUGUUUAAUGUCAUUUUAUAUAACAUACAGACUACAUAAAGUAUUGAAAGUCUGUAAAUAAAACUUUUUUGCUGUUUAAGGACAAAUAAUCAGCUUCGGUGUAGAGGGAUGUGACCAUAAAUAAAGCUAAUAUACUGUUUCCGCUACAAAGUCCCCCAAUAACGUCACGUCCCUUUUUAUAUCACAGCGAUUUGGCCAUGAUUACAAUGAAAUAGAUUUAUUAGAGAAGCACAUUUCAUGUGUUUGAACUGUUAUUUUUAUAGUUCUAGUUUUUUUUUUUCUCUCUCUCUCUCUCUCUCUCUCUCUCGUAAGCUUGGCAUGUUACAUUCUACUACAAAAUGGAUGGAAAAGGGGUCUUAAAGUGGAAAAUUUUAAGUUUUCUCUCUGUUACAAAGUCCUACACUGGAGUCUAUGUUCAUAGAUUUUAUAAAAAAUGUCUCAGAGUUUCACAGAUUAGCAAUAGAUAUGUUAUAUUUGUUAAAUAUUAGCACAUCUUUUUUUUUUAUUCUUAUUCUUUAUUAUAUUAUAUGUUACUAUAGAAAUGAUGGCGUAUUAGACAGACCUUCUGACCCAUCACAGAUGAAGAAUUAGACAGCACUGUGGUAACGAUGAAUACACGGUCAUUAACGAGACACCACAAUGAAUAAAAUGUGCUUCUACAUGUCUGUUGAAAAUCUCUAAGGUACUAACAAUCUAUAAUCCACUACUGUUUUCAUCACUGAAGCUUGUUUGUGUGAUAAUGCAGUUAGUGUAACUUAAAAUGAAACUGAACAUUGAUAUGAAAGUUUCUCAAUUGUCGGAGGAAAUGAAACAGCCCGAUUCUCUGGUUUAAUCACUUUACUGUGGAAUAUGGAAGCAGAAAUGAAUGUGUUCGAAUGUUUGGGAUCAGGAGGAAAUGAUGCGCGUCACAUCACCUGUUGAUGAGCGGAGCCCGGUUACUGCAGUGAAGUUUAUACAGCUUUGUAAAAGGAGCAUCUGAACUUAUGAUGCUACCAGAGGACAGGAACAAACAAACAGCUGCAGUGCAAAACAUAUUUAACCCCUUGAAGGUUUCUUGUGUUACAGCCUGAAACUGAGAAGAGCUUUUCAUACCAAGUUAAACACCGUGUCAUACCCCGGGUAGAAGAACAAUGUGUACUUUAGAAGCAGGGUUAUGAAGCACAGCUAUUUACCCCAGGGUUAUGAAAGUGUGCCCUUAAUCAGGUUCAGCUUGGCUUUUACAGCGUUAUCUCCAAAUCGCAGUGCCAUUGUAAAACGAUGUGCUGUUAGAAUUGUUCAGCAUGUUCACUCUCCUGUCAUUUCGAGACUGGACUACUGAAACUCUCUCCUGGCUGAUCAACUUCUGAAAACUUCAAAACACUGACGCUUGCCUACAAAGCCAAGAAUGGACCAGCACCCUCUUACCUCAAAGCUCUUAUUACUCCUCACACUGCACUUCGCUCCCUCAGAUCCUCCAGCACUGCUCGACUGGUCCCACCAUCUCUCAGGGUAAGAGGUAUGUCUACAUCUAGACUCUUCUCUGUUCUGGCACCGAGGUGGUGGAAUGAACUUCCUCUAGAUGACCGAACAGCCGAGUCACUGACCGUCUUCACACGCCGGGUGAAGACCUACCUCUUCCUGAAACACUUAAACUAACGUUUAUCCAGUUUGAUUAUGGAUUGUUGUAUGUUGUUUAAAAACACAGGCUAAUGGUAACCUAUAUUUGUGACCAAUUGAACCAGUGUUAAUGUAUUCACUGAUAGAGACUUCAAAGCCCUUAUGUACGUCGCUCUGAGCGUCUGCCAAAUGCCAGAAAGGUAAAUGUAGAAUGUUACAUCUAGUUGCUUAGCAACAGAGACCCAAUCAGAACCCGAACAGCGCUUCAGCCUCGUAUCAGGUGAAAACCAGAACGGCUCGGCAGAUGGAGUCAGAGGCAAAACGCUGAACAUUACAGAAGUGCGAAUCGUAGCGUGGGAGAAAUACGUGACGCUGAAAAUUAGCAGAAGUUGAAUUUCGUAAGGACAGCUAGACAAUUACACAACAAACUUCAACAAUCAACUUCACAACAAAAGUCAACAAUACCGGCUGAUGUGAAAGCGCGAGACGGGCCGCUGUUUAAAGUGGUAAUGCGCUGUAUUUAUCCAGUCACGGUUGUUGAUGGCGCAAGUGUGCUAAUAAGAAGAAAGCCAGUCUUUCUUUCUCUCCUAGUGGAGAAAGAAAGACUAUCUCUUUUUUCUAACCUUCAAAUAACUCAUUUUUAUCAGCCUGGAAAUGAAUAUAUGUGGAAAGAUCAAUGUCUAAAAACAUCCAAAAAUCUAAAAAUAAUAAGAAUCAUGAAGGUAAUGAUGAAUGUUGAAUAAAGCUCAGUAGCCAAAAAGAAAAACCCCAACAAUCUUUAUUCUAUCUUCAAUCUUUAUUAUAGCUUAUUAUCAAUAAAGCAGGAUAAGAGUAAGUCCAAAAUUAGUCCAAAACUGAUGAAGUCACAUGAAUGUAGCUGGGAAAAGAGCUAACCCCUGCAGAGAAAACCCAGAAGCUAGCAAAGUUAGCUAGA